AUGACGCCGACUGCGACAGUCUUUAGUGUGGCGACCGCCGUUCUCGGGCCGUUGACGACGACAUUCACACCACCACCAGCAUGCACAGUGGCAGUAGCUGCGAUUGAAGGGAAAUUCCUUGGAUUGGGAGGACAUGUCGGCGCCUCCGGCUGGCUCGGCCAGACAUGUUCGAAAGGCGGCCCCGUUGACGACACGACCUGCUGGCCACCAACUUCCAGCGGAGCGGAAUCCAAAUCAAAAGCGCUGGACGGAUGGGGAUACUACUCUCCAGGUCUGUACUGUCCGGUUGGAUAUGCGACGGCAUGUUCGGCAACAGGCGGUGGCGGUGGAAAGUCCGACUUUGCUUUUCAGUUCGCGCCAGGCGCCAAAGAAACGGCAGUGGGAUGUUGUCCAAGCGGCUAUGAAUGCAGCAGCGUCGACAAUGGCCAAACAUGUGUCAUGACAGCCACAUCAACAGAAGUCGAGUAUGUAACCUGCGACAAGUCGAACACGGCUGAUCUGGCCACCAUGACGAUACCCGACGAAAAGGAAAAGACCACAGCCUUCAACCUUUAUGCUCCAAUGAUCCAAAUCAACUGGCAAAGCUCCGACAGACCGACCGAGACCAAGUUUUCCGGAACGCAAUCCCUCUCUGUUGAUCCAGAUGUUGAGACCAUGUCGACAUUGGCCAUAGCGGGAGACGCGCCAGCAGGCGUCACUUCCAGAGUUGCGUUUCCAUCAGCAUCAGGGGCACUGAUUUCUGAAGACGGGCAUGUCAAAUAUCUAGAUCCGUCCGACUCUGGUAACGGAGCUUCCACGGGCACCAAGGAUGGCUCCUCAGAUGGCCCUAAACCACUCAGCCUCUCGACUGAGGUCAAAGUCGGCAUGGGCGUGGCGGGCGGCGUCUUGGCCGUGGCAUUUAUUGCGAUAGUAUUCAUUUGCGCUUGGAGGAAACGGAAGAAUAAGAUAGAGGAGGAAGAGUUCGAUCGGAUGUACGGCACGAAGGACGUGGGAUCCAGCACGGCGGACCUGAGACAUGAGGAGAUUCCGGGCUGGCACCGAGGGCCGCCGAGACGACAGCCGACGGCGCCGAUUGAUCCGUUCCGCAGCGGUGGUGUUUCCGAGCUGAUGGCGCCACCUGCGCCAUAUCAUCCUCCGCCUGCGUACCGCAAUGAUACCAUGUCGACGGAAUCGACCCGCCCGUUGUUGCUGCCCCAGAACCGCAAGCUACGCCAUCUACGCGGCAUCUACCUGAGAAACCUCAACUUCACACGCCAACGCGGACGAACCAUUGACGAUGCUGCUCUUAACAAGACAGCCGGAAAGCUCGAGGCUUUGCGCCAGAGACCAGACUUGCACCAUGCAUUAUCAUCAGAAGACCUACGCCCACCCGCCAUCAGACGCCGAAGUACCCUCUUGGCCAACGCCGACCCCGCCACACGACAAAAGACCUUUGAGGAUACCUUUGCCAACAAGCUUGCCGAUGCUUUCUUUACUCUCCAUGUCGACGGUCUAGAAGAUCCAAUAUACAUCAGCGAGGUUGCUGAACGAGCUACGAACUUCAACUUCCGUCUAUUCGAACUCGCCGAGCUGGACUCGACGAUAACCCAAUCGCCCCAAGUAACAGUCCGAGUAUGGACCAAACGACAAGGCCAAUGGAGCCUUCUCCUCGAAGACGACGUCGACCUGCGCGCGCUCAACUGGCUGGGCACUCUCCAAAACGUCCACUUCCCGCCCAACAGCCUAGUCUUCCACAUGAUAGACGGCAUCUACUCCCUCGAGCUCUCCAACAAAUAUCCACCACCCAAGAAAGAAGUGGCCCCCUUACCAACAUCCUCGUACAACGUCCUCAUGCGCCUCGCCACCCUCAACAACUCGGUCCAAGACGCUCUCGCAACCCGUGACGCCCUCGCCGCGCAAAUAAACGACCUCCUCGCCCAGGAAGAGUCCAAACAGCAAGAAGACGGAGGAGGAACCCUCGCCGAAGCCGAAGAGAAACUCAAGCUAGCCAGCAAGUACCUCUCCCUGCAAAAACGGGCGGUAGCCGCCGCUAGGAAACGCAACGACGACCUGCGCGCCUCCAUCGCCGCGCGCAAAGCCGCCAUCGAGUCCGGGUUAGCCGUCCAGCACAAAGCAGAAGAAGACGUGAGGCACGCGGCGGGCGAACCGCUCGCGCAAUCCAAGACCCUCCUCGCUUCCGUCCGCGACCAAAUCCGCGGUCAACGCCGACGCGUUUGCGAAGAUUUAUUGACCAUCUACCGCAUCGCGCCUCUCCCUCCUCCCCCUCCCCCUUCAUCUUCAGUGGACCCUUCUUCAUCGUCGCAAUCGCAAUCGCAAGCAGCCAGAGAGCACGACCCGCUAUCUUUCCAGAUCUGCUCCUUACCGCUAGCCAACACCCUGCUUGACCCAACAACUUCUUAUUCUCCGACAUUUACAUACGCAGGCAACCCCAGAGAGAAAUACCCGCACGAAGAAACGCUCUCCGCCGCCCUCGGUCUCGUUGCCUUACUGGUCCAUCAUCUCCAGCAUUACCUCUCCGUCCCACUCCCUUAUCCAAUAAAAUGGCACGGUUCCCGCUCAACAAUUCGCGACGAUAUCAGUAACUUUCCUGUAAACCCGAACGCCUCCUUGUACUCCUCCCAUGCCUCUCAGUCUGCCCGCUCAACCACUCCCUCUUCUUCAUUAAGAGGGGAAGUACCAGACCCCAACCGCGAAUUCCCCCUCUUCCUUCCCAAAGGCGGCAGCACAGCACAGUACAGAUUCGAGUACGCCUGGUUUUUGUUGAAUAGAGAUAUUGAAGUUCUCUGCUGGAGUCAGGGAUUAAAGGUGGUGGAUAUUCGCCAUACGUUGCCGAAUCUGCAGUGGCUGUUGAUGGUUUGUAGUGCGGGACGGGAGGAGAUGCCGGAGAGGAAGAAGGGUGGGGUUAGGGGGUUGUGGUUGGGACGAAUGCGCAACAAAGGGGUGAGGUUUGAUGAUGGUCUUGGGUUGGAGGUUGAUGGGAGUGGGAGUGGUGAUGGAGGCGGGAGUGUAGAGGGGAGUCAAGUUGGGAGUCAGGCGGGGAGUCAAGUUGGUGAUGAAACAAGCAGGGACGGUAGUCGAAGGGGAAGCAUGGAUAGUGACGCAACCAUCACUUCCAACACCCCCCGAGCCCGAGCGGCGACGAGGACGGGUGGUGGGUUGACUAUCGGCCACGCGAACGGUACCAGAGCCAACGGGGCAGCAGCUAGGUCGCUGUCUAGAUCACCGUUGGCCCAACUCCCGUUCGACGAAGGGUCGACGAAACUUACGUUGAGAACAAAGGGGUUGAGGGAGAGUGCGGCAAGAUAA